AUGAUUGACUACGGUCCUCUAGUGGAGCUGGCUGUCGUUGCCACUCUGAUGGUCGUUGUUUUCUCCCUUCUAACGUCACGAUACCAUCCUGCUUUCGUUAAUCUAGUGAAUUUUUGCUAUUUUAUUCAUCCUUUCAGGUAUUUUCUUCUCAUCUUUUGGUUGUGUAAUGUCCUUGCUUCAGUUGGAUUUGGCAUUUUCGUAAAUGCUAUCGGUCGAAGUUCUACAAUACAUAGAAAAUUCUUCCAUCUGACCGUGUCUAUGAUUUAUUUGUCUGGCAUUCGCUACGACCACGAUUUUGUCUGGCUAUGUGGGUGGCUGAUGUUCUGCAUGUUUGUCAUUGUAGAAGUUCUUCGCUUCUUCGAAGUUCCACCUUGGGAGCAAGCAUUGAAUAAUUUCCUCCUGGCAAUGAAAGAUGAACAAGAUUCGGCAGUGCUACUCACUCCGAUAUUCCUCCUUCUUGGUGUCUUCCUGCCACUGUUCCUCUCUCCUAAUGAACAGUCUCCGCAUCUCUAUCAUCUAGCUGGAGUAGCUGCAAUUGGAGUCGGUGACAGUGUCGCUGCUAUCGUAGGUUCUAAAUGGGGAAAAACGAAGUGGCCAAGGUAA